CAACAACAAUCAGUUCACACCCUGACGACACUCGCACACACACACACAUAGCAAAUUACCGAUCAUGGCACCAGCGACAAAAUCCGCAGAAUUCACGACGGCCGUCGAGGACAGCCGCAAGCUCAAGGAGAAGCCAACCAACGACCAACUACUCGAGUUGUACGCACUGUACAAGGUCGGAACCAACGAGACCGAGUUCGAGAAGGCUGAGAAGCCGGGCAUGUUUGACUUGAAGGGCAAGGCCAAGUACAACGCCUGGAAGAAGGAGGUUGAUGCUGGCACCACGCCAGAGGCUGCGCAGAAAAAGUACGUGGAGCUGGUGGAGAAGCUGAAGAACGAGCUUGGAUACAAUGCUUAGGUCAAGCAUGAAGUGCGAGGGGAAGACGGCAGCGUUGAUGGCAUAACGACGGCACGCGGACAUGAAGCUCAGCAUCUUUAUACUUUCUACAGCGUGGUAUGAGAAUGCCGCUCGACUCGACCAGUCUUGGCGGACGAUCCAAAUUUUUGACCAUCGUCUCUGGGAGCAAGCUGCCGAACAUGCGUGCGUGAUGAUUGAGCUCGCAGUCGACCAUCCAUGCCCUGUAAAGACGAGACCCUCAACAAUGGCCAAAGUUGGGAAAGUAUAGACGACGGCUUGGACGGGUCAAAUGCUAACACUGCACAAGCUGCAUUUAUGUGCUUCUUCGCCGAAUUCCUCCGCAGGCUGUUGAAUGGACGCAGCAGCACGUCUUUCUUAGAGUCUGUUUGCAGGCAGGACCUAUGCUCACAGGUACCUUCUACUUCGGCUGUCAGUGCUAAUUGCAGAGGUUGCACAGAAUACGAGGGGUCCGUUCUAGAUACCAAGGGACUUGCCCAACGGCGUUCCCGAAUAAUUG